AACGAAAGUAGAGUUAAAAUGGAUAAUUCAGAUUUUUAUUUAUUGCGACGAUUUCUUUGUUUAGGUAGCAAAGAGAGUGUUUUUAGGACAAAUAUUCAACACUCAAAAUUCUCACGCAAUGAUGUACCAUUUAUCGAAAGGUUGAUAGAAGGUGGACAAGGUAUAGAGGUACUAGAUUGUAUCAAGGAUGUAAGCGAGAGUAAUAGAGCAUGUAGACAAGGGCCUACUGUGUUUUCUUAUGCCUUUUGCAUUGUGCAUGGAGAUCGAGAAGUAAAGAAGUAUGGAUACAACAUGUUGAACAAUAUUUGUCGGAUUCCCACACAUUUAUUUGAAUUCCAAAAAUUUUGUGAAGAAUUGAAUAUGCAGAAAAAUAACCAUUCAGGGUGGGGAAGAAGCCAUCGGAUGGGCAUUAGUAAAUGGUACAAUAAUUUUGCGAACAAUGCGCCAAAAUUGGCAUACUUAGUAACCAAGUACAAAAAACGCAGUAAAUGGAACCAUAGAGAUAUUGUUCGCCUUGCUCAUGUAAAACCUACGAAUGAAAGAAUCAGAACAAUAUUAAAAUUUAUUGUUAACAAAGAAAUGGACGACGUUGUUACACUGCACGAAUCCCUUGACAAAGAUCACAGAGAAGUGAAAACAUUUCUAAGAGCCGUUAUUGAAGCUAAAGAAUGCGACGACAAGGAGAAGAUUAUGGAAUUAAUAGCAGAUCAAGAAUUAGCACGAGAGCAUGUACCAAACAGUUUUUUGUCCGACAAAGAGGUGUGGCGAGUUCUUCUCCGAACAAUGCCUCCAACGGCAAUGAUUAGAAAUAUGGGCAAAAUGACACAGCUGAAAUUGUUUGAUGAUGCAAAGGCAUCUAAUUUCAUUCAGAUUGUAAAGGAGAAAAUGCAGAGUGAACUGCUACAGGAUUUCGGAGUCCAUCCAUUGAGAAUUUUAUUUGCCUUAAAGCAAUACAAGGAAGGAAAAGGAGAUCAAGGCAAACUAGAAUGGCUACCAAACUAUGAAAUUAUUACGAUUCUGGAAAAAGCUUUUGAUGAUACUGUGGCCCUUCAACCAAGAACAGAUAAACGUUACCUUCUAGCUGUAUCUGUAAGUGGUGGUAUGAAAAAGAAAUUGAUUGGCUCUCCACUAACGGCCAGUGAAGCGACUUGUGCAAUGGUGCAUACAAUCGUAAAGCAAGGAAAUUGUGUAGAAACUUUACUUUUCGAGAAUAAAUGUAAUCCUGAGCAGUCGUUUGUUUCGAGUAUUAACCGAGAUGACAAUCUUAAUUCGAUAAAAGCUAAACUAGAUAGCUUUUCAUCUUUAGGAGAACGCCAAACGCCUUUUACGAGGUGGUCAAGACGCCACAGUAACUCCUUCGACGUUAUUAUAUUUUUUACCGAUACUCUUACAGGAGAAGGAGAAGGUCGUGUUACGGAGCCUUUUAUUCACUGUUGUCAUAAAGUUGGUACACCAAACCAUGUCCGAGUCAUUGUCGCUAUGACUAGUAAGCCAAACGAUCCUGUGCAUGCUGUGGAACCAUGUGAUGACCAGACACUUCAUGUGAUAGGAUUCGAUCCCUCAACGCCGCAAGUCAUAAAUGCUUUCAUUAGCGGAUACAAGUACAACCAAGCAUUAAUGGCAGCAAUGGAAGGAAUCGAAGAAUAUUGAUCGUACAAGUUAGCAUCCGGGUUUCUAUUCGUCCGGAACAUGCAUGAACUAUUUUCUACUGGACGUUAAGCAACCAACAAUCAACCAAUCUAUUACUUCGUUCAUUCAACUUAUCAGAACAGACUAACAUUAACAUUCAAUUCGUGUGCACUUUUUCUUACUAACACUUUGGUGUAUCAAAUUAUAUGAAAUUAUGAUAUCUUAUGUUGUAGAUUUGAACUGGAUAGUCACUCUUUUAAAAUUCAGUAAUAUUUUCUUUAAAAAUCAGUUUAUGUUUAAUUUGAUUAAAACAUAUACUCAGUAGAAUAUAAGGGUGCAUUAUUGAUUUAACUGUUAAAGAUGGAGUUCAACUUUUACAUCACUUUGAUAUUCAUUGAAUAUUCGUUUAUAAUUUAUUCUUACAUUCAUCUUAUGAACUUCUUUCUUCUUCUUCAGUUAUACAACAAAACUUCAGGACACGAAGAUUACUUGUUGUUGCGCAUGCGUGUUAAAAUUUAAUUUUCUUGUAGAUGCCAAAGAACAAAAAAAAUAUAUACAAAUUUGACAAUUUGUGCAUGUAUAUUACAAAAACUAGUGAUUAAAAUAAAAAUUAUAUACAAAAAUUUAAAUCAGUUGGCAGAGAACACCUUGUGUAAGGUGUGCUCUGAAACUGUCAACUGUGGUUGACUGUACUGUGGCUAUAGGUAGCAUGUUCCAUUGUAUGAUGGUGUGUGGGAAAAAUGACCACUUAUAUGUUUCCUUUGUGGUUCGUAUAUGUCUAUAAGUAUUUGGAUGGUUUUGUCUUGUUCUACUGUCUAUUGGUAUUAAAAUUUCAGAUGGUAUGGCAAUGAGGCCGUGAAUUACUUUGUAAAAUAUAAUAAGAACUCUGGAAGUAAUACGAUUUUCUCUUUAACUUGAUCACCAGUUGUUGUGGUGGUGAGAACACACACUCGUCGCGAGUAUGAACCGGCAGUUAUGCUGCCACUCGUGCACUUUAAUUCCCUUUCAAUUGAGAUUAUUACUCGUAGGAAUCAUAAUAUUCCACUCGAGUUAACAAACAGCAACCACAUUUAGCAUUAUUUUGACUCGAUUUACUAAAUUCUAAAUUCUAAAACAGAUUACGCAUUCGUUACUGAAUUAUUUUAAUUUUUAACUUUACUUUUGAAUUACCCUUGUUUUUCAUGAUUGCAUUUGAAUAUGUUUGGCUUGUUUUUUUAUUAUUGUACAUUUAUAAAUAAAAUAUUGAUUUCUAUUUGAA